AUGGCGUCCUCAAGCCAGAACCAAGGGUUGAGCAAGUACGUCACCCUCAUCUCGCUCGAUGGGUUUGAGUUCGUGGUCUUGAGAGAGGCGGCUUGUAUUAGCAAGGCCAUUGCCAAGAUGUUGAAUACGCAGAGUAACUUCAUGGAAGCAAAGGAUGGGAGAUGUGUGUUUGGAGAGAUUAAUGGUAUCGUCCUCGAGAAAGUCGCAGAGUACUUCUACUACAACUACAAAAAUCGGAACAAGGAGGAUGUUCCAGAUAUGGAAAUCCCACCAGAGCUGUGCUUGGAGUUAUUGAUGGCUGCAGAUUACUUAGACACAUAA